AUGGUACCAACAUCCCCGGAUCCAGCGUUCAAAUGUCGUCUUUCUCACUGCGCAGGAGGUGGUGGUAGUGGUGGAGGCAAUUCUGACCGCAAGAAGGUUAGAACCAAUGUAAAGUUUCGACAUUGGCUGAAAUCCAAAGAUUGGAAACUCCUCCAAGUCUCUAAAGGCGCCAUGGCAGACAUGGUGGUGGCUAUCUCUGCAGUCCCGGAAAACAGCCUACAAAGAUAUGUGAUAUACGUAAAAACAGGUGUAUACAAAAAGUAUGUUGAGGUUAGUAAUAGUAAAUCGAACAUAAUGAUUAUUGGAGAUAGCAUAGAUGUUACAAUUAUUUCUGGUAAUAGGAACUAUGUGGACGGCUGGACAAUGGUCAGUAGUGCAACUUUUGGUGUUUUGGGCCAAGGGUUCAUUGCAGGGGACAUGACAUUUGAGAAUACAACUGGACCUCAGAAGUACCAAGUAGUUGCAUUCCGUUCUAGUUCUGAUCAUUCAGUUAUAUACCGCUGUGCCAUAAGGGGGUACCAAGAUACAUUAUUUUCACUCUCUUUGUGCCAAUUCUGUAGGGAAAGCCAAAUUAUUGGCACAGUCGAUUUUAUUUUUGGUGGUGGUACAGUUGUCUUCCAAAAGUGCCAAAUUCUAGUCCGGAAAGCAGAAUCAGAUGUCACAAACCCAACUUACCUUGGUCGUCCUUGGAAAAAAAAUUCGCGGAUGAUUAUUAUGGAAUCAUACCUUAGCGAUGCCAUUAGACUUGAGGGAUGGCUUGAAUGGAAAAGAAGUUUGUACCUGGAUAUACUAUUCUAUGCAGAAUACAUGAACAAUGAACCAGGGGCAGACUUGGGAGGCCGAGUGAAAUGGCCCGGUUACCAUAUAAUUAAAGAUUCGGCUCAAGUGAAGCAGUUUACAGUGGCUCGUUUCAUUUCAGGAGAUACAUGGUUGCCUUCCACAGGAGUUAAGUACAAGGAUGACUUGGCAAUCUGA